GCUAAAUCAGAAAGGCAGUUUUAGGAGUCUCUGAAAUGCCUCUAUCUUAAUUAAGCUUACCACAUAGUGUAGAUAUAGCUUUAAAGCCAAGAAUUAUUGAGUGAAUUCAACAAGAUGGUGUGGCAGCUAAUCAUUUGUUUGUCAUUAACACAGGUGACCUUCGCUGCUCAAAUCUGCAGGCAACAACUUGAGCUCGGCAUUGUCCUAGACUCCUCAGCAUCAAUCCCACUCAAUGACUUCAAUAAAAGUAUCAAUUUUCUUCAAGACUACCUGAAGCUAUUCGACAUUGGCCAAGACAGUGUAAGAGUCGCCAUCAUACCAUAUGCUAGAGGAGUCAUCUCUAAGAACGCUUUCUACUUGACUUCUUACAACACCAAAGAAGAUGUCAUUAGAGCUAUAGGGAGAAUAACUCACACACAAGGAGAUCAUACUUACACGGGAGAAGGGAUUAAGUUCAUGCGCCUGUAUCAGCUAAACGAUGCACUUGUCAGACCUGGGGUCGCCAAAGUUGGCUUGGUAUUAACAGACGGAAAUUCACAUAAUAAAGAUGUAACAGAAGCAGAGGCCAAGGCUGCGAGAGAUAGUGGGAUCCAUAUGUUUGCCGUGGGAGUUGGUAGAGGUAUCAACGACAAGGAGCUACUUAGGAUUGCUGGCGACUACUCCAGGAUAAACCACGUGGACAGCUUUAAUAAUCUUAAAAGUAUUGUCCAACGUCUGGCCGUACAGACAUGUGUUGAAGAAUGCCAGACACCAUCUCUUGAGCUAGGCAUAGUCCUGGACUCCUCCAGCUCCAUCUGGGUUGAAGACUUCAAAAAAAGCAUCAAGUUUCUUCAAACCUUCCUCCAGCAAUUGGUGAUAGACAAGGACAGCGUCAGGGUCGCCAUCAUUCCUUAUUCUAAUGAAGUGCACACUAAAAACUCGUUCAACUUGAAUACAUACAAUACCAAGAAAGACGUCCUUAACGCUAUAGGGAAAAUUUCUCACGAGCAAGGCAAUGCGACUUACACUAAUAAAGGCAUCAAGUACAUGCGUGAGCGCCAACUGAGUAAUGCAGUGGUCAGGCCAGGGGUCACAAGGAUUGGCCUGGUCAUAACGGACGGAGAGUCACACGAACCAGACCUGACAGCGGCAGAGGCCAAGCUUGCAAGAGACAGUGGGAUUGUCAUGUUCGCCGUGGGAGUCGGUAGAAAUAUCACAGAUAAAGAACUAUUCAAUAUUGCCGGUGACUACUCCAGGGUAAACCAUGUGAACAACUUUGACAAUCUAAACAACAUCAUUCAAAGUUUGAUUAGAAAGACGUGUACUAAAGGCCAAAAGAAUCCGACAGACAUUUACUUUGUGUUCAGUCCUUCUUACUUGGGCUACGAGAUCACCUUGUGGACUAAAGAAUUGAUUUCUUCAAUCAUUUCAAUGGACGUCAAUAAAGUGAUGAAGUGUGGCCUUCUAUCUGAUCCCUGUCCAUCAAAUGUACGUUUUAAACUAGAAAGCUAUAGCACAGCAAAAGAGAUUACAAAGGAACUGAAUCCUUACACCGCCAAUAAGCUACCUGCUCUCAUACAGCAACUAGCUGAUUCUGGUUACAUUGCCCAGCGAGGAGCCAGGCCAAACGCUAGAAAAGUUGCAGUCUUGGUUGUUGAGGGUGUCAAGUCUGCAGAGUUAGUGUCGAAUCAAGUGAAAAACUUACUGAACAAAGGCAUCACGGUGUUCAUCGCUGACCCAACCAACUCUGGAGCUAAGAUUAAAGGCGUGACCACACUUAAGGGAGGGUCAGAGGAACAGGCUACAGAACUGAUCCAGAAUCUACUGCAGUAACUCUUGUGAAAACCAACUCGUUAGAAGUAGAAGCCAGGGACAAACACAUGGCUGGAUUUCUAUCGCUUGGGUGUCAAUGAGUUGGAGAGUAAUUCUUUUAUUAUUUAGUAUUGAAAUGAUAUUUUCAGAGCAGUCAGUGAAGGAAGUCAUUUAGUUUCAUUGAAACUUUCUAUAUUUUUU